AUGUCGUUUGAGUUGGAUGUGACGUUGCCGGGACCGGAAGCGAUGGCUGUCGCUGAGAAGGAGCUCCGAGAGACUGAAGGGAAUGUGAAGGAGGGACUCGCUGAAUUGAGAAAGUAUCUCGAGGAGGACAAGACUCUCUAUUUUCCAACGGACGAGGAUUUCCUUCUAAUUUUCCUGCGGCCGUGCAAGUUUUACGCGAAGAGUGCCUACGAGCUGAUGAAACGGAGCGCUCAAUAUAAAGAGAAGCACGCAGCUCUAUUGGGUAAUCUAAUGCCAUUGGACGAGAAGGUGGCCCUUGUCGAUCAUAAUGUGGUGAACGUCCUCAAAGGGAGAGAUCACAAGGGUCGAAGGAUACUUGUGGUCAACUGUGGAAAAACUUGGGACCCGACAGCUGUCACCGCUGAUCAAAUAUUGCGAUUGUUUUACUUGAUCCAUCAGUUGGCCAUGCGCGAGCCACUGACUCAAAUAUACGGAACUGUCGUCAUCAUGGAUUUCGACGGCCUGUCCAUGAAACAAGUUAGGGGACUGACGCCGUCAUUCUCCAUGAAACUCUUGAGCUUCAUUCAAGAAGCUAUGCCUUUGCGUCUGAAAGAGGUACACUACGUGAAACAACCGUUCCUGUUCAACAUGGUAUGGCAAAUGUUGAAGCCCUUCGUCAAAGAGAAACUAAAAAAACGCAUGUUCUUCCACGGUGACAAAAUGUCCUCCCUUCACGUUUACAUUCCAGCUAGUCACUUGCCGAAGAAUUAUGGCGGCAAUCUGCCGGAAAUCGAUUACUCCAGCGCCGAUUGGUAUCCUACAUUGCUCAAGCACGAAGACAGGAUUAAAGGUAAGAUUCAAUUAAUUUAAUUGAAAGUAAUUAAUCCUUUGUGGUCUUGUGUCGAAUCAAGUAGUCUAAUUUCAUUAGAAUCUUUUUAAUUCAAACAUACUAGUUAAAGUGUCAAAAUUGCAAGGAGAAAAAAAAAAAACGCGAUACAUCAUUUCUACAUUUUCGGGGAGAAAUAGUUUUCAAACUCAGUACGUUGUCGAUUAAAAUCAACUUUUAAUUUAAUUUAAUUUAUUUAUUUUUUUUUCACGUUUAGUUUUGAAACUAAGCAAGCUGUUCAAACAAUAAAAAAGGAUUAAUAAAGAAUAAAAAUUUUCGAUAUAAUAAAGGAAGAAAUUAAGAUAUAACCUGUUUUUAUGUUUCAGAGUGGAAUUCGUACGGAUUUCGUAAAAAUAAUUAA